GGCUUAUUCUGCAUUUCUUCGGUCAGCAAAAGAAACAUGAGUGUUGGAGAUGACGAUGGCUAUGUUGUGUCGUAUAGAGGCGAAGUGGUUGAAAACCGGCACAAGGUUCACGCUUCAGUCGUCGACGCAACGGGAAGACUAUUGUUUCAUGUUGGCGACCCGUCACGAAUCACUUUAGCUCGCUCCGCAGCAAAGCCAGCCCAAACACUUGCUGUUCUCGAAACAGGCGCCUUUGAGCGAUUCAAUCUCGAUUAUGCCGAGCUGGCUUUAAUGUGCGCUUCGCACAGCAGCGAGGAAAGACACAUCACCAGGGCGAACAGUAUGUUGGCAAAAGUCCAAGCCAAAGAAGAUGAUCUCCGCUGUGGUGGUCACCCGGCCUUGUCAGCGUCGGUGAACCACGACUGGACUAGGCGCGGCUACAGUCCCACCGCCAUAUGCAACAACUGCUCAGGUAAACACGUCGGCAUGCUUGCCGGUACCAAGGCCAUCGGUGCAGACCUGUUAACCUAUCACCAACCAACCCACCCGUUGCAGUUACGAGUGAAACGUGUCUUUGAAGAAUUAUGCGACCUGAGAGCUGACGAUGUAAGCUGGUGCAUUGAUGGUUGCAACCUUCCGGCGCCCGCCAUCCCACUUCACUCACUUGGGAGGGUGUAUGCCACCCUUGCCGCUGCAGCGGACCAAGCGGAAAAGAACGCAUCGGCAACAGCAAGAACUCGGGACCUGGACCGAAUCUUUCGUGCGAUGACUCGCUACCCAGAGCUUGUCGGUGGUAACGGUAGAUUCUGCACUGUGCUCAUGAAUGCGUUUCAAGGAAGGUUAAUGGGAAAGCUCGGGGCAGAUGGGUGCUACGGGAUAGGAAUUCGGGCAUCAGAGCAAACUGCACAACUCGGCGCGAUAGGUGCAGUUGGCAUCUCUGUUAAAAUUGAGGAUGGUAACAUCGGGAUUUUGUAUUCCGCAACAAUAGAAAUUCUCGAACAACUCGGUAUCAGACCACCAGAACUAUGCAGUGCGAUCGUCGAUUGCCAUCGUCCGUCAAACGUCAACACAGCUGGUAUCGUCACUGGUAGAGUUAUCCCUGCCUUCAAGCUACGUGCUGCAAUAUAGAGCCGAGUGUCUGACAUGUAUCCU